GAACAAAUCAAAACAGAAAGACCACGUGGAUAGAUGUCAAAAUGUUAAACCGACUGCGGACGAAUGACUCUGUGAGAUACAAAAUGUGAAGUGUUGCUAUAUAUGUCAUACAUGCUGACUGGAUGUCUUAAUGAUGAUGGCUUUCUGUCAUCGGCUUGUGAGGUGUUUCCAUCAAAAGACUGUACAUUCUACAGCAUCCUGGUUCACUGUUGACAGUAAAGCUUAUUAUUGUCAAGGCAUUAGUAAACCCGACUUGUCUAUAGAAGAUCAAGCAUCUUUAUAUGUUCAUUGGCCAUAUUGUUCAAAACGAUGCACAUACUGUAACUUCAACAAAUAUAUCAAUCGUGAUGUAGACAAUGUAAGGAUGACAAUGUGCCUUGCCAAGGAGACCAGAACCUUGAUGGAGUAUAGUGGAGUUAGUAGAAUUAAUUCGAUUUUCUUUGGAGGAGGAACACCAAGUCUAGCUGAACCAAGGACAAUUUCCACGGUGAUUGGAGCUGUCACGGAAACAGCAAAGUUGCAAGCAGAAGCAGAAGUCACCUUGGAAGUUAACCCCACUCUUCUAGAAACUGGAAAAUUGGGUGACUUUCGAGCUGCUGGUAUUAACAGGGUAUCCAUUGGAGUUCAGGCUUUAAAUGACACAGACUUAAACAUAUUAGGUAGAGAACACACAUCUAUGGACUCCUUAAAGUGUGUAGAGGAGGCGGUUAGUCUGUAUCCUGGACGAGUGUCUGUAGAUGUGAUAUUUGGUCGGCCUGGUCAAACCUUGGAGAGAUGGAUCAAAGAACUACAUCAAAUAUUGUCUAUAUGUGACAAGCAUGUCUCCCUGUACCAGCUGACACUAGAAAGGGGCACACAACUCUUCAAGUGGGUCCAGAAUGGACUUUUAGAGCUGCCACACGAAGACAUUAUGGCUGACAUGUAUAUCGAAGCAGUGAAGAUUUUGGAAAAACAUGGCUUUGAACAGUAUGAAGUAUCAAACUUUGCUAAGAAUGGAGCAAGGAGUAAUCACAAUCAAGCUUACUGGACAGGACAGCAAUAUAUAGGAGUGGGACCAGGAGCCCAUGGCCGGUUUGUCCCGCAGGGGCUUGGGCGCAGUACUAGGGAAGCUCGCAUACAAACUUUAGAACCUGCUCACUGGAUGUUUGAGGUGGAGAAAAAAGGUCAUGCCACUCGUAAAGUAGUGGAACAGACACAUAUAGAUAUUCUGAAGGAAUUAGUUGCUCUUGGCCUUAGAACAAAGGAAGGAGUUACCCAUGAGAGUUGGAGUCUAAGGUGUCCUGACCCUAACCUCUGGUCAUUAUGUAAUGAGUCAACAGUCAGCUCAUUGAUCACUCAACAGUUCCUCAUCCUUGACCACCAAAGCCUUCGUACUACAAGAAAGGGGAUGGCUGUCUUGGACACAAUCUUACCAGACCUUAUUCUUGUCAUUGAAAACAAAUUUUCUCAAUUCAUCAACAACCAGGGACAAGAUGAUAAUUAUUCAGGCUGUGCAAAAAAAGACUCAGUUAUGUCUAUAUAUAAAGACAGUUAAUGAUAACACUCUGAAAAUCCAUAUCAAGUAUUAAUUACAUGCAGUCAUCGUCUUAUUGUUCUAAUUAAUAAAAGUGCUACU